AUGACGGCCGCCAGUGUCUUGGAACGUGCCAGGCACUCAUUGGAAGGUUACUGGGAGUUGCUGACGUCUGACAAGAAGACACAAUAUCUUUUGAUAUGCUCGGUAUACCUCUUGAUCUUUGCGUAUCACACCCGGCGCAGUCUGCCAGUCUACCAUGCCAAAUUUCGCAAGCAAGGCUCCUUCUCACUGGUGCUACAUAUCCUAACCGGUUCGUUCGAGCUUGUACGAUAUUACACCAGAGCUGUUGAGGGGAAUGUGGUACCAGAAGUCCUCGACACCGUCGCAUGCUUCGUCCAGGCAUUCACAACUCUACGCCUCUCAAAGACCUUGUUGCGGGGCGACAUAUCGACACGACCAUCUUACCAGGCCCCCGCAUUGAUGCGGCCCUUCGUCGGGUUGGCUGCCAUCGUCUACCAGAGCGCCGCUAUACACCGGGCAUCAGUCAAGCUUCUCCACGCCUUCCUCUACACUCGAAUGAUCAUAUUCUUGGCCAAGAGGUUCGGUGUGGGUAAGAUUCACUCGAACGCCACGAUCUACGCGCAUGCUGUUUUCCUGGGUGCUAUUAUAGCCAUUCAUGAUUCUGGCUUGCCAGCCGGUGUUCCUGUUUACAUCGGUAUGGUAGGGGCUGUCAUGGUCCUCAACCGAUACGUUGCCGAUCGUCUAGCCAGAUCAUCGACCUCCGAAGUCUCCAUGUCGAUAUGGGAAAGAACUCUGAUGUGCGUGUUGCUCUGGCUAGGGCUGGCUAACCUAGAAGCGAUCAAAGAACGUGACCGCUAUUCAAAGCCACCCCGGUCUGUGAACGACGAGUACGUCCAGGAAGGAAUGUGA